AUGCUCAAAAACCCAAAAAUAAAGGAAACAUUGACUUCUCGAUUAUAAUAGUAGGAAUGUUGCAAAUUGUAAGGACAUGAAAAUAAUCUGAUCUAAUUUGUUUGCGCUUGUCAUGAAUGUCCAUAUCGUUAUUAGAAGGCAUGUGCACAUUGUGUUAUUAAAUUACAUGGGAAACAUGUGGAAGAUAUGAAAGAAAUAGAGGAAUUUGAUAUGAUUAUUAAUGAAAACAGUAAGAAAGCAUAGAGUUUGAUAAAGGAAAGUGAGGAACUCUUUUUGUAAUUGAAAAAUCCAUUUAGAAAUUUCUUUGAAUAAUUAAAAUUGCAAUUAAAUGAUAUGAUUGACAGUGUUCAAUAAAGAUAUUUGAUAUAAAAUCAAGAAAGAGCAUAAUAAGUAAUAAGGAAUGAAUUGGAUUUUAUUAAUUAAUUCAAUUAGAAUGUAAAUUCUAAAUAAAAUCGAUAUUUGAAUGAUCAUUCUUUAAAAUAGUAUAGUAAUUCAUUAAGAACAGCAUAAGAGAAGUUAAGUAAUGUUUUUUCAUUGUUUGAAUUGAAAUAGUUAUUAGAAUCAAAUUUGGUUGUAUUGAUUGAAGAUUUUGGUAAAAACAAUGGAAUCAGUUAUAUUAGUAAUACAAGUCGAAACAUUAGUUAGAGACAUAGUAGUUGUCAUAAUAUAAUGACUCCAAGAUCUGCAUUAAAUGUGUUUAAUCACAAUAUUAGUGUGGCUAGAUCUAAAAAAAUUAGAAAUUGA